CACAAUCAGAAAAAAAAAAAAGAAAACCCUAAUUUUUAUCUUCUCGAUUCAUCCCUCCUCAAUCCUCCCGAUAAUGCAACAACUUCCAUUUUUAAGAUCGUGAAAAAACUCGAGAUUGGUGGUUCUUUUCAGAAGAAAAAAAAAAACAAAAUGCUGCAAGGUGCUGAUUACUCAAAGGUCUCUCAGCUUCAGAGCUGCUUCGGAGAUUGCAGCAGCGAGGAGGAAUUAGCGGUGCUUCCACGUCAUACAAAAGUGGUCGUCACUGGAAACAACCGUACGAAAUCUGUUCUCGUCGGUCUUCAAGGCGUCGUUAAGAAAGCUGUUGGACUCGGUGGUUGGCAUUGGCUGGUUUUGACAAAUGGAAUCGAAGUGAAGUUGCAGAGGAAUGCACUUAGUGUCAUUGAAGCUCCUACUGGGAAUGAAGAAGACGAUGAUAUUGAAGUCGAGCAUACACAGUGGAAUCUCUCUCAUAUGACAUCUGAUGACACUUUGCAAAAUCAUAAGGCGAAGAAAAGAGGAUAUAGAUCAGCUCGGUUAUCACAAAAGACAAUGUGCAGGGACUUAUCUUGUGACUCACACACGAACAUGAAGGUUGAUCUUAGCAAAUUGGAUAUGCCUGCAUUACAGAGAUACAUACGACACUUUAACCUCGUGGAUACACUUCCUAAUCCAACAAAGGAGCAACUACUUGACAUUGUUCAAAGACACUUCAUAUCUCAGGAAAUGGAUGAGCUUCAGGUUAUAGUGGGAUUCGUUCAAGCUGCAAAGGGAAUGAAGAAAGCUUGCAGGUGGAAAUCAAAAGAACAUCAGAAACACUGAUCUUAACCGCAACAGCUAAAUCUCCUAGAUAGGCUAACAAACCCUCCUCCUUUGGAUCUUAAUCCAAUCUGCGGUUACUUAGUUAACCACUUCGUGGCUUAUAAGUUGAGUAUAGUAGUUAAAGCUCAGUCUCUGGCUUAACAGUUAGAUUUUGUUAUUGCUCUCUCAUGUAAGUAACAUCAAGAAGCAAUGACCUAAAAACAAAGUAGCACUCUAAUCUCUAAUCAAGCAUCCAUCUUUAUUUUCCCA